GUAAAAAAAACAAACAAACUGAUCUCACUCUGAAUUGAGCAGCCAUGAAGAUGACAGGGGAAAACAGUUCUGAAAAGUCGGAAAUAACUAUGGAUGAUGUAAAAAACCUUGUUAAAAAGAAAGAUGAAAUUGAAGAGCAGAUAAAAGCUUAUUACGAUGUUUUGGAAGACCAAGGUGUCGGAGUUGAAGGUCCAUUGGUUGACGAAGAGGGCUACCCCCGAGCAGAUAUGAAUUUAUACCAGAUCAGGACAGCAAGACACAAUAUUUCAUGCCUGCAGAACGAUCACAAGGGAAUCAUGGCGGAGAUAGAAGAAGCCCUGCACAAGCUGCAUGCUCGGGAGAAAGCCAAGCGGGAACAGGAUGAGGCAGAAGCCCAGGAAGGGCCGAUGGAGCAGCAGGUCAUUCUUCCUCCUCCCUUUGCACGGGUGGAUGCUGUGACACAAGGCUCACCCGCCUGUGGAGCUGGGCUCAGAGUCGGUGAUGAAGUAAUUGAGUUUGGUUCUGUGAACACGGAGAACUUUCAGAACCUCCAGAAUAUUGCUUCUGUGGUACAACACAGUGAAGGGAAACCAUUACGUGUCAUAGUCAUCCGGGAUGGGCAGAAAGCUCAGAUGAGCCUGACUCCAAAGCGAUGGUCAGGCAGAGGUCUGCUGGGAUGCAACAUUGUUCCAAUCAAUCGAUGAUCACUAUGCCAUUGUGCAGAAUUUCAAUUGUGAAAUCCCUUCCAUUAAUGUUACCCCUGGAUGGUUUCAAACUGACUUUGUACGUACUGCAGACAUUUCCAUUAGUUUAUUUUUUCAGUAUCUUAAUUUGAACUGGAACUAUUUCCUUCUUAAAAGGGCAGUCUUCAGAAUGGGAUACAUAAAUAAAGUGUCAAAGUACGAAGUAAUGCAGAGUUUACUGAAUGACAGCUGAAUAAACAUUGUUACCUUA